AUGCUUACUCUUUCCAAGUUUCAUGUGAUACUAAUCCCAUUACUCUUCUUGAUCUCGCUCUUUUCGCCAUUGCUUUCCACUUCAAUACCUAUCAACAUUUGGCCAAAGCCAAGAUUUCUCUCAUGGCCUCAACAUAUAGCAACUGCCCUCUCUCCAAAUUUCACCAUCAUUUCCCCUCAACACCAAUACCUUACAUCCUCUGUAACGCGCUAUGUCCACCUGAUACGCUCAGAGAACUACUCGCCUUUCGUUACCCGUCCUAUCAAACUUAUGAAAGGUCACACCUUAAUCAACCUUGUAGUCAAUGUUACCGAUCUUUCUCUUCCGCUUCACCACGGUGUUGAUGAGUCAUAUAACCUCUCCAUCCCCAUUGGAAGCUCUUCCGCACACUUGUUAGCUCAAUCGGUUUGGGGAGCUAUGCGUGGUCUUGAGACAUUCUCUCAGAUGAUUUGGGGAAGAGCUCCUGAUUUGUGUUUACCAGUUGGAAUUUAUAUUCAAGAUUCUCCUUUGUUUGGCCAUAGAGGCGUUUUGCUCGAUACAUCGAGGAAUUACUAUGGAGUCAACGAUAUAAUGAGGACAAUCAAGGCCAUGAGUGCAAACAAACUCAAUGUGUUUCAUUGGCACAUCACUGAUUCACAAUCUUUCCCGUUGGUGCUUCCUUCUGAACCUUCACUCGCUGCAAAAGGAGCUUAUGGACCAAACAUGGUAUACACUCCAGAAGAUGUCUUAGGGAUUGUUCAGUUUGGUUUUGAGCACGGCGUUAGAGUUCUUCCUGAAAUUGACACUCCUGGCCAUACAGGAUCAUGGGGAGAAGCUUACCCGGAAAUCGUGACAUGUGGAAACAUGUUUUGGUGGCCUGCAGGAAAAAGUUGGGACGAGCGGUUAGCUAGUGAACCAGGGACUGGUCAGCUUAAUCCAUUGAUUCCGAAGACAUAUGAAGUUGUUAAAAAUGUCGUAAAAGACGUUGUUAAGCAAUUCCCUGAACCUUUAUUCCAUGGAGGUGGAGAUGAAGUUAUACCAGGCUGUUGGAAAACCGAUCCUACGAUCAAUUCUUUCUUGUCUUCUGGUGGAACACUAAGCCAGCUUCUUGAAAAGUACAUUAAUUCGACAUUACCUUACAUCGUGUCGCAGAACCGAACAGUUGUUUACUGGGAAGAUGUUCUGCUGGAUGCACAAAUCAAGGUGGAUCCAUUGCUUCUUCCUAAAGAGCACACAAUCUUACAGACUUGGAAUAAUGGUCCUGUGAACACAAAGAAAAUUGUAGCUGCUGGUUACAGAGUAAUUGUAUCUUCAUCUGAGUUCUACUACUUAGACUGUGGGCACGGUGGGUUUCUAGGGAACGACAGUCAAUAUGAUGAGCAAGGAGACGGUGGCGGUGGCGGUGGCAGUGGCGGUUCUUGGUGUGGACCGUUUAAAACAUGGCAGACCAUAUACAACUAUGAUAUAACCGAUGGUUUGCUCGAUGAGGAAGAGAGGAAGCUGGUGCUUGGAGGAGAGGUUGCAUUGUGGUCAGAGCAAGCUGACUCAACGGUGUUAGACUCACGGCUUUGGCCACGUACCUCGGCUUUUGCAGAGAGCUUGUGGUCAGGGAAUAGAGACGAGAGAGGUGUUAAGAGAUAUGGUGAAGCUGUGGACCGGUUAAACCAAUGGAGGUAUAGAAUGGUGAAUAGAGGGAUUGGAGCUGAACCUAUUCAGCCAUUAUGGUGUUUGAAGAAUCCUGGAAUGUGUAAUACAGUUCAUAGUGCUUUCGAAGAUCAAUAA